CUCAAAACUACGAAAUAUGGCGGCUGACGACUCCUAGAAAAAAAGUGUUGGGAUCUGAUCAAUUUCGUUAAAAAGCUGCCCUGAUCAGUACUACAGGGCCGUAGUUGCACACUGGGUGGACCACCUGUCUGUCAUUCCCUUUGCCUUGUAGAAGAACCACAUUACCCAGGAGCCAUCAUGGGCAGGACUUCACUCAAAGAUCAGAUGGAGCAAGCAGGAAGACUCCUUCCUCCAGGUCCUUCUCCUGCUAAAGAGUCGUUCAGUUGGGAGGAGUACCUGAAGGAAACAUCGUCUACCCCGGCUCCCCCUAGCUUCUUCAGACAGUCCAGAGUCCCUCCCUCCAAUGACUUCAAGGUGGGGAUGAAGCUGGAAGUCCAUGACCCUCGGAACUCCACCUCGGUGUGCAUCGCCACGGUGAUGGGCAUGACGGGUGUGCGGCUGCGUCUCCGUCUGGAUGGCAGUGACAACACCAAUGACUUCUGGAGGCUGGUCGACUCCUCAGACAUCCAGCCUAUAGGAACCUGUGAAAAGAAUGGGGACAUGCUGCAGCCGCCACUGGGCUUCAGAAUGAACGCGUCCUCCUGGCCCAUGUUUCUGCUGAGAACCCUGAAUGGAGCAGAGAUGGCCCCGGCUACCGCUUUUAAAAAGGAGCCUCCACGGCUGUCUCAGAACAACUUUAAGCCAGGGAUGAAGCUGGAAGCAGUUGAUAAGAAGAACCCCUACCUCAUCUGUCCUGCUACCAUCGGAGAGGUGAAGGGGGAGGAAGUGUUUGUGAUGUUUGACGGGUGGAGGGGGGCGUUUGACUACUGGUGUAAACACCACUCCAGAGAUCUCUUCCCUGUUGGAUGGUGCGCCGUUACCAAACACAGCCUUCAGAAGCCUGGCAACAGUGUCACCCUGCCAAAGAACCUGCAGGUCCUACCAGCAUCCCAGAUCCCCUCCAAGCCUAGCCGACGCUCCAUGCCGGCGCUCUACCGGCUUCCCACCCCCCUGCCCCCACUGCCUGUCAGGAAGGGGGUGCGGGGGCGACGCCCCAAGAGUGAGACCAUCGCCCUGCUGAAGGCUGUAGCGGAGGCAGCAGCUCAGAACGGUACGGCUCCAACCUCUAACUCACAGCUGACUCCCAGGCCUCACAAGAAGAGAGGGCCUAAACCUGGCAGCAAGAGGAAGCCCAAGGUGCUCCAGAACGCUGCGGAUACCAGGCUGUCAGGGGGUCAACAGGACUGUCUCAGCACUGUGGUCUCUACAGUGUGCGUGUAUGUGAACAAGCAUGGGACCUGUGGGCCUCACCUGGACAGGAAGCAGAUGCAGCGUCUGCCGGACCACUUUGGGCCAGGUCCUGUUAACGUGGUUCUGCAACAGGCAGUUCAGAACUGUCUAGACUGUUGUUACCAACCCAAGGUGCUGCUCAGAACUCUACAGGCACACGCUGGGGGAGGAGAGGUCGUCAGUGUGAGGAUGGAUGGUGGGGUUCGUCUGGUGAAGCUGCCCUCAGCCUCCAGCGCCUCCUUCGUGCUCCGCUUCCUGGAGACGCUGUGUCGCACGCUGCAGAGUCACUUCCUCUUCAGCUCCCAGCCCUUCAGCCACAUAUACACCUACAGUAACUAUGUGAAGGAGGAGGCAUUGGAGGCCCCAUCACUGAGCCGGGGGAGUAAACGUCUCUCCAGAGACUCAUCCCCCUACGCAGCCCCUCUUUCCCCUAAACUACUGCGCACCGAGGCACACCUUUCAGAAGAUACCCUGCCCCAUGAGGAGAACAGCCUUCUGAAGGAGCAGUGCUUCAUGGACUCAAACUCCAUGACGCCACGCCCCCAGACUCUGCGCAGCACCUCCGACUACCACACCCACUCUGGCCACAUCCACUCCCAGGCCAGCAGCCCCUAUUACCCAUGCCAUGGCUCCGGACGCGCCCACAGCACGCCACUGCACCGCCACGCCUCCAACCCUGCGGACCUCCCCUCCACACACACCAACAGAGGAGUGGAAGCUGCCAGCUCCACCACGGGCCCCGAGCCCCCGGCCCCAGACAGACAGACCCCCAGGGGGGCAGGGUUGGGCAGGAACCCCUCUACCUGGUCCAUCGAUGAGGUCAUGCAGUUUGUGAGCGACGCCGACCCCUCAGCCCUGGCCCCGCAUGCUGAGCUGUUCAGGAAACACGAGAUUGAUGGCAAGGCCCUGAUGCUGCUGAGGAGUGACAUGGUGAUGAAGUACAUGGGUCUGAAGCUGGGCCCCGCCCUGAAGCUGUGUCACCACAUAGAGCGGCUGAAACAGGGGAAACUGUAGAGCUGAAACAGGGCAAACUGUAGAGCUGAAACAGGGGAAACUGUAGAGCUGAAACACAUAGACUGAAACGGGAAACUGUAGGGCUGAAACAGGGGAAACUGUAGGGCUGAAACAGGGGAAACUGUAGGGCUGAAACAGGGGAAACUGUAGGGCUGAAACAGAGGAAACUGUAGGGCUGAAACAGAGGAAACUGUAGGGCUGAAACAGGGGAAACUGUAGGGCUGAAACAGGGGAAACUAGGGCUGAAACAGGGGAAACUGUAGGGCUGAAACAGGGGAAACUGUAGGGCUGAAACAGGGGAAACUGUAGGGCUGAAACAGAGGAAACUGUAGGGCUGAAACAGAGGAAACUGUAGGGCUGAAACAGGGGAAACUGUAGGGCUGAAACAGGGGAAACUGUAGGGCUGAAACAGGGGAAACUGUAGGGCUGAAACAGGGGAAACUGUAGGGCUGAAACAGGGGAAACUGUAGAGCUGUCCCAGAUCAGCCCAGCCUCAAACACAGCGUCCCUUACUGGUGACCUAAUACUUCUACUCCCCCCAGACCCCUCCAACUCUAGCCCCCAGCCUGCUUCUACUCUACCAGUCGGUUGAAGACCCCUCCAACUCUAGCCCCCAGCCUGCUUCUACUCUACCAGUCGGUUGAAGACCCCUCCAACUCUAGCCCCCAGCCUGCUCCUACUCUACCAGUCGGUUGAAGACCCCUCCAACUCUAGCCCCCAGCCUGCUUCUACUCUACCAGUCGGUUGAAGACCCCUCCAACUCUAGCCCCCAGCCUGCUCCUACUCUACCAGCCGGUUGAAGACCCCUCCAACUCUAGCCCCCAGCCUGCUUCUACUCUACCAGUCGGUUGAAGACCCCUCCAACUCUAGCCCCCAGCCUGCUCCUACUCUACCAGUCGGUUGAAGACCCCUCCAACUCUAGCCCCCAGCCUGCUUCUACUCUACCAGUCGGUUGAAGACCCCUCCAACUCUAGCCCCCAGCCUGCUCCUACUCUACCAGUCGGUUGAAGACCCCUCCAACUCUAGCCCCCAGCCUGCUUCUACUCUACCAGUCGGUUGAAGACCCCUCCAACUCUAGCCCCCAGCCUGCUUCUACUCUACCAGUCGGUUGAAGACCCCUCCAACUCUAGCCCCCAGCCUGCUCCUACUCUACCAGUCGGUUGAAGACCCCUCCAACUCUAGCCCCCAGCCUGCCCUAAGCCAUUUUUAUCUCUGAGCUGUCUCAGUCCAGUUAUGUUAUCUCUGGUAACAUGCCUCUAACAUACAGACGGUAUGGAAACAUGGAAACACACAGUGUGGACCAGUGAAAACAUGCCACAUUACCUCAUCUCCUCCUCAGCCAAUCAGAGCUGGCCAAGCCAAACAUAGAGAAGGCUGUGAUUGGUUGGAUCCCAAAGCAACAGACUCUCUCUCCAUAGUGUUUACAUUGAAUAGCACGGACUGACUAACCUACACUAGGACAUGCUAAGACCUUUUACUGAGGAAUGUUUGAUCCUGGUUCUGGAUCCCAAAGAUGUACAUUGUUUUCUUCUAUGACGUUAUGUUUUUAUUAUCAUUAAUAUCCUGUUAAUAAGGAGGAUGUGUAUAUAGAUGUAACAGUAAUGAUAUUAGAUAGAAGCUACACCUGUUUACAGCUGUAGAACGUCUGUUGUCUAUUUCAAUUCCUGUCAGUUCAAUGAUGUGUCCAUGAUGAUGGAUGAUCUUCAGUCUAAGGUAGACUUUUGGCCUGUUGCCAUGACAUCACUAGCCUCAUGGUAAAUGGUGAAAUGUGUUACAAGUGUUAGCAGGUGACUUUCCCCAAUUUAAGAUGGUCAUUGUCUUAAACAGCUAGACGUUAUAUCUAAUGCCUGUCAGACUGACAGACCGUCAACCUUCAACAAGCAGAGCUAUUCAGGCAGUUCUUUUGAGUGUGCCUUGCUGGAAUCUCUGACUGUUUUUGGUGUGGGGAUGAAUGAAGGUCAUGCUGUUGAAGAGAGCGCCCCUACUGGUGGUAUCAGCACGGAGGCUUUGUCCUGGUCCAGUUUUCAUCAGUACAGAACUGUCUAGAAAGAUUAUUUUAAUUUAUUUCAAAGGACAGCUCAGUCAUUCUAGAAGUUAUUUCAGAGGACAGCUGGUUCUAGUUUCAAGCGUAAAGGGGACAUCAUGUUAAAGGGCUUUCUAUCCAGGUUUCAGUUUGAUAUUAAAGGUGCUACACAUGGGAUUUUUUGGAAUUUUUACAUUGUAAUUUCAGAAAAUGUCCAUAAUAUAUCUGCAGAAGACUGUGAUAUUCGCCUAUUAAGCUUCAAACGGCUUUAUAAAAUAUUUUUUGGGUUAUUGAAAAUAUAUUUCACAGCAACUUAAAUGGUACAAUGAUUCCCUAUACUAUUAAGUGCUUUUCUCACAUCAAUUGAAAUUGAGCGAACAGUGUAGAACUUUAGCAACCAGGGAAUGACAGAGCAAUUUCCACUAGAUAACACAGUCACACAGUCUGAAUUUACAACGCAAAAAUUUGACAAAAACAUUGUAUCCUGUGUAGUAUCUUUUAAUAUUAGUACCAGUCCGAGGGAGAGAUCCUCACCUGUUAUUGGUCCCUUCAGGACGUCAUGUUGUCAGUUGGACCAUUGUUAAAACAGCUGUACCGCUAUAUGGUUUUAACCAUGAAUAUCAGACACAAGAAUGUACAUUUUUGUAGAAAAUAAAUAUUUUAAUGAAAUGAUAUAUAAGAAGUAGAAAUGUGAAGAUUAUGGGUGAGGGAGGGACAAUGUAUUUCAUACUGCCUUUUUAAUGCUUUAUACAUAUUUUAGUUGAAACGCCCUCAACAUAAUACAACAGAACCUGCCUUGCUUUACUUAGAGAUCUCUCAGGGGGUCUUUGUUAAUAGAAACGUUUGUAGCAUUCUGUUCUGGGUAUUCUAAACCAUUCUUCUGUUGUUGGUGAGUUGGAGUUAAGGACCCGUUGUGCCAUAAAGUAACGCAAGAACAUAGUGUUUUUGUUAAAUUCUCUUAAAGCAUCUCAAAUUACUUGAAAAAGAUGUUGCAAGUCACACCUGAAACAAAAGUGUAUUUUCUAUUUUAUAAAUCUCCCAAAUGGAAAGCA